AUGGGUUUGGUUUAUACAUUUACGCUUCUGCUCGUUGUAUCAACAGUGAGCCAGGCGUUUUUCCAAUCGCAACGAUAUCCUCAUACUCAUAAUCAACAAGCUUUAAACGGUUUAUACAAUCAACGAAUACAAUCAAUUCAAGAAUAUCGUCGUCCAUUAGAAAUCAAACCAGUAUAUAGUGUUGAUAUUGCCAAAUAUUUGGAUAAAAUCGGUAUUAAUCAUCGAGGUCAAGUAGCAACAUUACAAGAUGGUCAAAAGUUUCUCGUUCAUAAAGGACCUGACUUUGGUCACAAUUCUCAGACAGUUGUUGUUGACACACAACGUACACGUAUGUCAAGCCAAUGGAAACCACAUGGUUCUCCCGUGAAUGCUGGAUCUCAAUCAGUAGGAUUAGGUGAUUUAGUAAAAGCGGGUGGCAAAGAUUAUAGUUAUUUCCCUAACAACUGUAUUCGUGGUUGUAACCAAAUGAAAGAACGAUUUCAAAAUGGAAAAUAA